AUGUUUCAGUCACAAGAAUCGAGAGCAAGAGAAGAUGAAGUGAGGAUUGUGCUGCUGGGAAAAACUGGAGCUGGGAAGAGUUCAACUGGAAACACCAUCUUAGGAAGAGAAGUGUUUAUAUCUGAAGAAUCUGUUACUAAAGUGUGUCAGAGAGAAACAUCUGAAAUCAACAGCAGACACAUUACUGUGAUUGACACUCCAGGACUGUUUGAUACUGAACUCAGUAAUGAAGAAAUGAGUAACUGCACCUCUAUGAUCCUGCCUGGACCACACGUGUUUCUCUUACUGACUCAAUUGGGACGAUUCACUCAAGAAGAAGCAAAAGCAGUGAAGAUCAUUCAAGAGACUUUUGGUGAAAACUCUUUAAAGUACACCAUGGUACUCUUCACCAGAGGAGAUGAUCUGCAGAACAAAACCAUUGAAAAGUUUCUGGGAGAACCUGGAUCUGGCCUUAGAAACCUGAUUGAUGAGUGUGGAAACAGAUUCCAUGUGUUCAAUAAUAAAGAGACUGGAGACCGAACACAGGUGACUGAUCUACUGCAGAAGAUAGACAACAUGGUGAAGACAAACGGAGGGAGUUACUACUCAUGUAAGAAGUUCAGAGAGAUGGAGAGAGAAAUACAGAAGAACAAGCUGAUGGAGAGAGUCAGAGAAAGAGAAGAAGAGAUGAAGACGAUCAUGGAGAAAGACAGAGAGAAACUAGACAGAAAGAUACAAGAGAUGGAGAGAGAACGAGAGGAAUGGGAGAAACAGAGACAACAGGAAAGACAAAGAAGAGAAGAAGAGGAAGAGAAAUGGAGAAAUAUAAUCAAGAAAACACAUGAGGAAUAUGAUCAGAAACUUAAACAAGAGAGAGAGAGAAGUGAGAGAGAGAAAGAAGAACUUCAGUUCAGACAUGAAGAAGAGAAGGAGAGAAUGAAGAUGGAGAUGGAGAAAGAAAGACAGAAUUAUGAGAGAGAGAAAAAGAGAAUAGAAGAAGAGUUUAGAGAGAAAGAAGAACAAUAUAAAAGAGAGAUUAAAGACAUGGAGGAACGAGACCGAAAGAUACAAGAGGAGCUGAAGAGAGAACGAGAGGAAUGGGAGAAACAGAAACAACAGGAACGAAAAAGAAAUGAAGAGGAGAAAGAAAGAGUUGAAUACAAAGGAAAAGGAGUGAAUAAUUCAGGAGCCAAACAAAAAACAUUAGGAGAGCUGGAUCUCACUGGACGUAAACUAGGAGACACAGGAGUGAAACAGAUCGCUGCUCUACUGCAGGAUAAACACUGUACACUCAACACACUGAUGCCUGGCCAAAGUUCAUCAGUGAAGCCGCUGGAUCCUUGUUGGGCCGAGUAUUCUGUCACGGAGCGAACCAGACGGGAGACGUGCAGAUCCAUAUGCAAAGCUUUUAUUGACAAGACAUGGUCAGAAACAGGCAUAGAUCAGGUGAUGGCAAACAAGCGUGUAGAAGGAAAGGCUAGAGCAGUCCGAGAAGCAAGCAAGGGUCAGUCCACGGCAAACAUAAUCCAGCAGGAGCUGGAUCUGAGUGAGAAUAAACUAGGAAACCCAGGAAUGAAAAUCGUCUUGACUCUGUUUGAAAAUGAACAGUGUAGACUGGAAAAGCUGAACGGCUUCUCAUCGGCACAUCUCAUCCGCACUAAAAGAGCUGCUCCAUGCUGCGAUGCUAGACUUUCACUCACAUUCUGGGACAGUUGA